AUGUCCUGGCGAGUAGGCAAGAAGCAGACGAGGCAGCCUAGCAGCGCGCUCUCGAUUCCCGACGAGCCUGCGCGGUCGACCACCCCGACGCCUGGCAACCCCCAUGGCAGCCCGUUGUCGCGCUCUGGGAUCCUCGCCAUCCGCGUGUUAUGGGCGGAAGGCUUGAAUCUGCCCGGCGGCGCUGCGUUGCCGCCUGCAGUCCAGGCUGCCCUGUCUUCCCAGCAGGCUAAGGUCGCUGCGUCUGUGUCCCCCUCCAGUGUCACCCAGCACCGACUCGCAAAUAGGCGAAGCAACCGCGACAGCGUACAACGAAAGCAGUGCUGGUGGCUACCGUAUCUUGUCAUGGAGUUUGAGGUCAAUCAAGUAUUGAUCACACCGCUCGGAGGAGAUCUGUCAAAGCCCUUGUAUAUGUAUGAGACGCAUUUCGAUGUGUCGCGUCACUCGGAGAUAUCGAUUCAAUGUUACCUUCGCACGGAGGAGCCCAAGCGCGGCGGAGACGGUAUUGCCGACGACAUGGGCAACGAUCUUUUCAUGGGCGGUGUGCGUUUCGUCCCAGACUUCGAUGACUUGUCUCCACAGGAUCAAUGGUACGAGCUCGUCAGUGGCUCUGGCAGGAUCCAGAUCGGGGUGGCAUUCCAACCCAGCAGUGGCCAUUCUCUGACUAUCGAUGAUUUCGAGCUAAUCACCGUAAUUGGUAAAGGGAGCUUUGGGAAGGUCAUGCAAGUGCGAAAGCGUGACACCUCACGGAUUUACGCCCUGAAGACUAUCCGGAAGCAACACAUCGUCGAGCGAGGGGAGAUCACGCACACCCUCGCGGAACGUAUGGUUCUUGCACGGGUGAACAAUCCCUUCAUUGUCCCACUUAAAUUCAGUUUCCAGUCCGAGCAGAAGUUGUAUCUCGUGCUCGCAUUCGUCAAUGGCGGCGAGCUUUUCCAUCACUUACAACGAGAACAGCGUUUCAACGAGGAGCGAAGUCGGUUUUACAGUGCGGAAUUGCUUCUGGCUCUAGAACAUCUCCAUGAGCUCGACGUAGUGUAUCGUGACUUGAAGCCCGAAAACAUCCUCCUGGAUUACACUGGCCAUAUCGCGCUAUGUGACUUCGGGCUGUGCAAACUCAAUAUGAAGGAUUCGGACACAACCAAUACGUUCUGCGGAACGCCUGAAUAUCUUGCACCCGAGAUUUUGAACGGCCAAGGUUAUAACAAAACAAUUGACUGGUGGACGCUGGGAGUUCUUCUGUACGAAAUGCUGUCUGGACUGCCUCCGUUCUACGAUGAGGUCACCGAUAAGAUGUAUCAGAAGAUCCUCCAUAACCCGCUGGUUUUUGGCGACGAGAUUGGUCCUCAAGCUCAAAGCCUCCUCACUGGGCUCCUUACACGCGAUCCGGCCUACCGUCUCGGCGUUAAUGGAGCAGACGAGAUUAGGAGACAUCCGUUUUUUGAGAAGAACAUCGACUUCAAACGGCUCUUGCAGAAGAAGAUCCAGCCGCCAUUCAAGCCCAGUGUCUCCAGCCCAGUGGACGUAUCCAAUUUCGACACGCUCUUCACGGCUGAGGCACCUAUGGACAGUGUGGUGGAAGGAUCUCAGCUAUCGGAGACAGUUCAAGCGCAAUUUGCUGGUUUCUCGUACGACGGCACCAACAUGCCUGCCAGCCCGUGA